AUGCAUCUUAUCAGUCCUUUUUUAUUGGUUAUAUGCGCUGUUUUCAUGAUCCAAGCUUGUCCAUCGCAAACAGGACCGAGAGGACCAGACGGAGUGGAUGGGAAGGACGGGGAGAUGGGACCGCCAGGACCCGUGGGGCCUCGAGGAGAGACAGGACCGAUUGGAAGACAAGGAGAUCCAGGACCGAAAGGUAGGCCUGGAGUACAAGGACCGAUGGGGCCACCUGGUAAACAGGGAGAGCAAGGUGCAGUAGGACCAGAAGGAAAACCAAAGGGAUAG